AUGGCUUCUUUCAAAGCUUUUUCUCUCUUCUCAUUGGCUCUCCUCCUCCUCCUCCUUCCUCUCCUUUCAGCUCAUGCAACUAAUUCACCAAAUUCGCAUGACAAAAAAUCUUCACCCUUCGAGUUUCUCAAACACCUUCAGGGGUGUCACAAGGGUAAUAAGACCAAAGGCAUCCACCACCUCAAAAAAUACCUGGAGCAAUUUGGUUAUCUAAGCUAUAGCCAUUCCAAAAACCACACCCAUGCCAACGACGACGAUUUCGACGAGCUCUUGGAAUCGGCCGUCAAAACAUACCAACUCAAUUACCAUCUCAAUGCGAGUGGCACUUUGGAUGACAAAACAGUAUCAACGAUGAUGAGGCCUCGCUGCGGCGUGGCAGACAUAAUCAACGGUACAAAUUGGAUGCGUCCGGGGAAGAAGAGGCAUCACAAGAGCCAUGGCUCAUUGCAUACCGUCUCUCACUAUAGUUUCUUCCGUGGACAACCAAAGUGGCCGCCCUCCAACUCCAGGUAUCACCUCACCUACGGAUUUGUGGAUGGCACACCAAGUGAAGCCAUGAACCCCGUCGCACAAGCCUUCCUGACAUGGGCCUCAAACACGCACUUCACCUUCUCACAGGCUCAAGGCGUCUCAAACGCGGAUAUCAAAAUUGGUUUUAGUCGUGGGGAUCAUGGAGACGGGCACCCUUUUGAUGGAGCUGGUGGCACCUUGGCUCAUGCUUUUGCACCGACUGAUGGGAGAUUCCAUUAUGAUGGAGACGAGAGAUGGAGUGUGGGUGCAGUGUCAGGUGCAUUUGACUUGGAGACAGUUGCCUUGCAUGAAAUCGGGCACCUUCUUGGACUCGGGCAUAGCGAAGUUGAGGGAGCUAUCAUGUACUCUAGCAUCACUUCAGGAGUCACCAAAGGUCUGCAUGCCGACGAUAUUCAAGGAAUUAAAGCCUUAUACAACGUUUGAAGGACUUGGAAUUCGGAAUUCUCCAUCUCGAUUACUUUUUAGCCACCCAUGUCACCCAUUUGCGGAUGGAUUACGGAUUCUUUGCUGCAUGCUCCUAGCAAUUCUCGAUAAUAAUAUUUUAGAAUAAAGUGUUCCCGCCAUUUUAAUUAUAAAAUAAAGUAUUUGGCAUUUUCGCCAAGAGAGAGAGAGAGAGAUGAUAGAGCAAUUUGCCUUAAUAAAAUUUUUUUGCUUUUGCUUCAAUGUAUUUUUUCUUCAUGUUGUAACA